GCGGCAUUCUGUCGAUACCAACAUUCCGGGGCUAAUUGGUAUUGUGUCGGUUGCGGGAUGGCAUCCACAGAUUCAGUUCCCCAACUCCACGUUGACGAUGUAUGCACGUCAAGCAGCAGCAAUCUCUUAGCUGUUGGCUAUGUUGAUAGGACACACGCCGAAAUCGAAAGUCAUACGCCAUACCCAACUAAUACUUAUGGCAAGAUUCAUCGCCACAAGGCCGUCCCACGCCAACUUUACAAGGAGUUUCUGCGAGAUGGCGUGCCGCCACAGGGCUUUGUGCUGAUGCAAUGGCAAACUGAAAGCAAGGCUGAAUUAGUACCAUGCAGCGAUCUCGUCUUAUUAGAUCGCUCUUUCAUGUCUGGAGACCUUGUGCGCAAAGGAGCGCGAUCUGGAACCGUUGUCAGUACCAGGACUAGAUGCACACUUCUUUCCAUGUGCGACGUCAGAGAAACCAAGAGCGGCAAGGCAAUGAAAUGCGCUUGGUUACCAUUGCCAAUGGAAGAAGAACCCUCCCUCGAGUUGAUGACUGACGGUGGACUCCUCUACGACAUCCCUGCUUCUGAAUUGAAGCUUGUACAGACAUUCAACGAAGGGGACAUUAUUGUAUACAAGAACUGGGUUGGCCGUAUCAAGGACUGCUUCGACGAGAUCACCGUUCGGUUGACCGACAACGGUGUUGUGAGCAUUGCCGAUGAGAGCAAACUUGAACCGAUGAGUGGCGAUCCCGAGGAGAGAUUUGCCAUCGGAUCAUUGGUCAGAACAAAGAAAGGUGUGCUUAGAACUGGCAGAUGGGUGUUUGGUACCUACUCGCCCAAUACACCACCCAUCGGUGUCGUUGUUGAUGUGCGUACGAGAGAGUGUCAAGUAGACUGGCUACAUCAUCGAAUGGAGCGAGCCAGCGAACUACCACUCUGGAGCAAUGCACCUGAGGGCUUCCUCGGGACUGAUGAACUGGAAAGCGAUCAAGUCCGUCUUUACGACGUCUCACGAGUGCCCGAAUCAUCUCGAGAGGAGCAGCAGACUACCAAGUCACGUUCUGAUCCCGAGUUCCAGGGCGGAAUACGUGUGAGAUUCAAAAAUCUACCUGCAGCGUGUGUCAAGUAUGAUGGGUCUACUACACAUGGCAAGCUGGAAAAGCUCGAUCGCACACAGAGUCUGGGCUACGAUCUGAAUGUCUUCACCAUCACCAGCACCACUACAGAAGCUGACGUACUCUGGAGCGACAAUACCAUCGAAACUGUACGAACGACUUCGAUCAUCCCAGAUCCUUCAAUCGACGACGAAGACGCGGUAUUUGCUGGCGAGGUCGUCUGCACCAACGAGACGCGAGACCCUCCACCCGAAGCAAUGACCUCGUGGGCAAUCACUCCAACACGAGUUGGUAUUGCCGAGUCUGUGAAUGUCAAAGACAGGAUCGCUCAUGUUACGUGGUUCAAAGAACCCACCCUCUCCUUUUGCGACAAAAGUUUGACUCUGUUAGUCCCAGGCACCAAAGUCGGCAGCGUAGGGGACGAGCAACCAGAAGAAGUCAGCUUCUACGACAUCCGAGCACCAAAGAGUAUCAAUCGUAAUAGAGGAGAUUAUGUGUUGCUGCUCAGGAUACCACAUCUUGCACAAACUGCACCUCAUGGCGUCAACUGGUUUGGCGAAAUCGUCGAUUUAGGGAAGAAUGGCAAAUGUACGAUCAGAUUAGGAGCGGCCGAGCCAGUACAAGAAGUCGAGUGUGAUAUCACAGACACAGUACCUGCCAUGAAUCUGGAUACGGACGAGAAUCCAUUUACCGAAGACGCCAAUGGGACCGGGGAGUUCCUAAGCGAAGGAAGUGAGGACAUGGACUACGAUAUGGAUGACUUAUCAGAGCUAGACGAGGAUGUCUGGUUUGAAGAAGGGCAAGAUAUCCCAAUCGAUGAGGAGGACGGUUCGUGGAGCACAGAGGACGAGGGCGACGACUUUUCAGAUGCAAUGUCCACGCAAGACGACACGACCGCUACGGAGCCCGUGCCGCCUGCAGCACCCGCUGCUCAAUUAUCCCACACAGCACAGAAUGCCAGUCAUGGUGUCAGAGAUCAGGCUAUGGCUAAUGCGCCUGUUGAAGAGAUCCGUUUGUCAUCGCUACCAAAUGCGCCGGUAGCUUAUGAGAUCCUCGAGACCGAGGUUCCUUCGGGCCAUCACUACCUGCUCCAAACUGGUCCUACGUCUGCGAACCACAUGAAGGGUGUGUCAAAGGAGCACAAGAUCUUGAGUGCGCCCGGUGCCCUCCCGGAAGGCGUCUUUGUCCGAACAUGGGAGUCCAGAAUGGAUCUGAUCAGAGUCCUGUUUGUUGGACCACUCGGAACGCCAUACGAGUACGCUCCCUUCAUGAUUGACCUACAUCUACCAUCACAGUACCCAUACGAGCCCCCGAAGGCCUUUUUCCACAGCUGGACGGCCGAAGGAGCAGGUAUGUCAGGCCGAGUAAAUCCAAACCUAUACGAGGAAGGAAAGAUUUGCCUCAGUCUACUUGGCACAUGGCAAGGCGAUGAAGCGCGAAAUGAGUCCUGGACGCCUCACCAAAGCACUGUUCUACAGGUCCUGGUCAGCAUAUUAGGCCUCGUAUUGGUUAGAGAGCCAUACUAUAACGAAGCAGGAUUUGAACCGCUCCAAGGACUCUCAGCUAUCAACCAAAACAGUGUGGCUUACACAGAACGUACGUAUCUCCGCGCGAGAGCCUUUUUGAUCUCACCAGUCAGUCGCUUGGGACGAGGAGAAACGGCAGGUCUGGAAGGAUUUGAAAACGUGCUACGCUGGCUGUAUACUGAUGUCGAUGGUGCGAAGCUACUACCCAAAGCAAUCAGUGCAGCACACACGAUACUCAAGAACAGCGAAGAUGGUACGAAAGUGGAGACUCGCGAUGGACUAAGUGUGGUCAGCAGAGGAGCAGCUCUUCCCUUGAAGAGGGUUGUAGCACGCUUGGAGCAGUUGGAUCAGGAGGCAUCGCAAAGCAAGGAGUAGGAGCCGCGAUCUAUAAAUAGCAUAGUCGGCUCACACUCGGUGCAGCGAACGAAUAGUCAGUUGCAUUUCGUGUUUACGAUCUUAUCGGAAGUGCGCAAGUAAGGCAAGCACGGCAGGUGCAAGCGAAAUGAGAAACGUGACUUGGCGGUCCUUCGUCG